GGAAGGCCGUUCGGACAACCGUGUGAAAAAUCACUGGAACUGUCAUAUGAAACGCCGUCUUGAAAAGGAUAAUGAGUACGUGGCCGUUGUGACUAAGACCGUGGAAGCUUUGGAUUUGGUCAGUGCUCUUCGAGAUAUCAUGAACGUGGAGAACAGCGAAAAGGCAUUUAAAGACCUGAUCUCUCCGCAAAUUGUCGACUAUCUGCGUACAAAUCACCAUAAUGAGUUGGAUUCUCGCACAAGCUCCUACGUUCCACGUAGCACAUACGUGUCUCGCGCAAACGGCACAAAUCCCGCGAUCCCCGAAGAGAAUCUCCACGGCUAAAGCCAACAGCACGGGAAUUGGUUCCUUCGCGGCAUCCUUACUGGAGAAGCAGCAGCAAAAAGCGGCAAAACGACAGCAAGAAAAUAAACCGGAUCAAUGUACGACCGAUUUGUUAGAGCCGGUUGCAAAAUUUUCCGAGCUCUCGAAUGGCACAGAUAGUGCCGCGGCAGAUGGAUAUAUGGACGAAGAUGUCCCGGAGGAAGAAUUUAUCGAAGAUAUGGAUGAGUACAGGCUUCCCACAAAGCCGCCCACCGUCGCAUUUGCACCCAAAACAAAACAACCCGUUGCCAAACCCCGGCGGACUGCACCAUCACCCGCAAGCGCGCGACGUCCCGUUUUCUAUCGUGUCAGGAAGUCUCAUUCCCGUCAGCAUUACAAAACCGACGACGAACCCCACGCCUAUGCGGCCAUCAGCCAGGCUCCGCCGGUCCUCCAGCUGCCGUCGGUUAACCUUCUCGAGCAGAUGCAGCAGGCCUCCAAGAUGGAAGCGGUGGAAGCGCUGAUCAAAUUAUCCACACUGACGGCACCCACCACAACCGCUUUCGUGCGUCGUGUGGAUCCCGUCCCAGCGGCCCGGGAUGAUGUCGAGGAGUUGACUGACAAGAGUAGCGGGGCAUCGGAAGUAAAGGGUGAUAGGGCCGUUCGUCGCGGACGUCCGAAGCGCUCCGAGCCGGAAGUUGUGGCGAAAAGAGAGGAAGUGCGAGUGGAGAUAUCCAGUAGUGGUCGGCCCGUACGGAUGAAGCGCGGCACAGUAACGGAUAUGCUGCGGGCUUUUGACCGGGAUAUUGACGAAGCCUUGGGAUAAGAGCUAUCAAAUGCCUAAGUGAAAAAUCUGGCGAAAUGUUUUAUAAGUCUGGAAUGCGGAGCUUCGUUCCUUGUACAAUUUAUUAUUUGUUGGAGAAUAAUCGGUGCUUCCGAAAAAGGAGUUUUCCGUCGUGACUUGCUUUAUUUUUGCUACAUUCUGAACAGCAUUUGUCAGUCAGUCUUCAGUUUUACACCGUUCUUGAUCCAAAUGUAUUAAAUUUUGCCUUGUGAUGAUCCUCUUGUCUGUUGUGACAGAACUGUCGAUGUUAAUUUGUGCCAUGCAGGGACAUGGUGAUAUUACGUUCAGGUUUAUGCUGUUGUUUAUUUUCCGGACGGAGUUUAUUGCAAAGUUGUAUUGUUUUUUCGGAAUAAAGGCCUA